CCAAGUAGUAAAGCAAUCCAAAGCUUGAUUCUGAGCACUUAACUUGUUAUCCUCAAUCCCAUCUUCAGUUUCAAAAAUUUUAAAGACUAAAAUGGCUUUAGUGAGAAGUCUCUUGGGUGCAAAGAAGAUUCUUAGCCGUUCUAUAUCGGGUACAACACCAAAAGGGUUUCUUGCGGUGUAUGUUGGCGAGGACCAGGUCCAGAAGAAGAGAUAUAUAGUUCCUGUCUCAUAUUUGAGCCAGCCUUCGUUUCAAGCUCUGCUCAGUAAAUCCGAAGAAGUGUUUGGGUUUGAUCAUCCGAUGGGUGGCUUAACGAUCCCUUGUCCUGAAGAUACCUUCAUCAAUGUGACUUCUGGGCUAAAGGGAAGAUGAUCUAAAAAGAAGAGACAUUUAAUAUUAGUUAGCCCAAGUUAGAGAUAGAAUUAUUCAAACGUAAUAGUCCAACCUUUUUCCUCUUUCUUUGUGAGAAAAGAGUUGUUCAAGAGUUACAAAACUCAUUGUGAAUGUCUUUUUUUGUUGUGUAAGAAUUGAUGGUGUCAAUGGAAAUUUUG